AACUUGUUGAUCACACACACACUGUCUACUGCACAACCGCGACCGGCUUCAAUCGAAACUACUUUCAAGCUCAUUCGAUCUAAAAAACCUUUGAUAUCAUCUCUUCAUAACAGACUUUGAUAGUCUUCUGUAUCCACUCAAAAGCAACAGGAUUGCAGUCUCGCUCACUUCAUAGUAAUCAUGACUACUCUCCCCGCAUCCUUUCAGCAUGCUAACAAGGCUGCUCUUUCCGCUGCUCUUGCUGAGAACCCCGAAUCUAAUGGCGCAGAUGUAGAACCUGGUGAAAUUCAGGAGGUUGACAUGCAAGCCCAGGCAGAGGGCAUACGGACCGUCUUCAGUCACCCUACAAACUUCAAUGUCAAGCAUCCUCUCUACUCAGCUUGGACCCUUUGGUUCGAUUCCCCUGCCACUAAAGGCCGUAACCUCCCCCAAACGCCCGUUUCUUCCUUCCCUCAAACCCCCGUCCCUCAGACCCCCGGUGCUGCUGCUGCACAGGGAUGGAUGGAGGAUAUCAAAAGAGUUGUAACUUUCGAUAGUGUCGAAGAGUUCUGGGGCCUCUACAACCAUAUUGUACCCCCCUCACAGCUCCCUCAAAAAGCAAAUUACUACCUCUUCAAAGAGGGUAUCAUACCUGCAUGGGAAGAUGAAGCAAACAAGCUUGGUGGCAAGUGGAGUAUACAACUGCCCAAAGAGAAGAAUCGCAGUCAGGUUGAUAAAAUGUGGCUUUACACCAUGCUUGCUGCCAUUGGCGAAACAUUUGAUCCCCACCUUACGAGCGGGGAGACAUCUGAGCCUAACUCCCAAUCGCUUAUCACCGGUGUGAUCGUAUCUACCCGACCGCAGUUCUACCGGUUAUCGAUUUGGACGCGACUUGCGCCUGCUCCAGAAGACGACAAGUUGCGUGAACGCAUCGAGACAGUUGGACGACACUUCAAGAUAAAUGUACUAGGCUAUCCCGAGAAUCACAAACUGUCUGGCCCUCUCGCGACCGAGGUCGAGUUCCUUUCCCACAAGGAUUCUGAGAAGAAGGGCAAGGCAGCAAAGAAGCUUAUCGUUUGAGUGGGUGCAUAGGUUGCUGUUAUACUAUGAAUUCAGCAGAGUUAUAGAUAGAUUACAUAGUGUGCUGGAUACGCCUGAUUUAUUCGUAUGAUGUCGGACGAAUAUUCUCAUUCAAGCUCAGGCUGCUGCUGUGAUGCAUAAUAUACUCAAAACCACUUCGUUGUGCCGUCUUUGAAACCAGUGCAACUGCGUCGGGUAUCGUGGGGCUGUG